AUGGAAUACGUCAUCUUGGGUAACAGCAAGAUUGCACUCGGUCAGAAGACCAUUCCUGAUUGGUUUCUAGUACUCCUCGGCCCAGUUAUGCGUAUGCAGUUAGUCGCCGAGUCUGAUGAGAGCGUGGCAAGGGAGUCUCUCGCUCUUGUCUUGUUGGACGCUUAGGAGUUUGCUGAUUUUUGCUGCCCUACUCAACUCCAAAAGGAAGAGAUCUACAUGCCACAGCAUGUGCUUCAAAACGGUUGUUGACAGCAUGCAGGUUCCACUCAGAUUUGCAGCCCUACCCGCGCCACGCGCCCAUAAAUGGUGCAAGCUACCAGGCCGCUGCUGGUACACUAUUGCCAAUCCUGUAGACCCGUGACGGAAAGCCACGAACCUCGCCCAACCCAGGCAAUUGAUUUGGCGCCCUGAACCUUCCGGGUCUAUGAAUGGCCAGCCUCAAAAAAGAAAUGUCGUUUGGGUAAUUAGCGUGUAAUUGGGAGGAAGCCGCCAGCCAUCUCGCGCCUAACAAGGUGACAACCCAGAGCCCUAUGCUCCCUCAUAACCUGGAGAAAAC